GCGAAACUACAACUCCCAGGGGGCGGAGGGGCGUGCCCCGAGCGUCCGUGUCCGAGCCUGCACGGGGAGGGAAGCCGGUCCCGCUAGGUCUUGCCGCGCGGGCGGGGCCUUUCUUUCCCUGCCGCUGAGCCGCGCAACUCCGUUCGUCUCCGGCCCCGCAGCGAGAGCGGGCGAGGACGGGGCCGGGCGGCCGCCGCCCGGGGCUGACGGCAGGCAUCGCUCGCGCCUGUGUGCGCGCGUGCCGGGGGAGGCGAGGGCUGAGGCGGCGGGAGCGGGGGCUCCAGCGCAGGCACCGCGCCCGGCCCGCACCCUUGUGCCCGCCCGGCUGGCCGCUACCCCGCCGCGGAGGCGGCGAUGGGGAAGAGUUAGCGCUGUCGCCACGCUCCACCAGCCGGAGGGAGGGCUGGGCCGGCGGCGCGGCGUCCCCGGCGGGGCUGGUGCGGGGGACCUGCCUGCCCUCUCGGCAGGAAGCAGCUGACUGACCGACCGACAGCGGCAGGGGGUGCCCGCCUGUGUGGUCCCGUCCCUCGCCGCCUCCCCCCGCUCCUCCCGCGGGCGGCCGCCGCUGCGGUGGUUACCGCCUUCCCCUGAAGAUGAGGAGGUGGCAGCUGCUGGUUCUGGGUCUGGCUGCUGGGGAGAAGCCUGGAUAGAGGCUCUGGAGAAAGCGGGGAGAGAAAGCCGCCGCUCUCCGGCUCGCGGAGGGGGAGCCGGGCGUUUUCCUCACCUUGCUCCGGGCGAAAGCCCAGCGGAACCAGGGACGCCGCCGGGAAGCCGCUCCUGUGCGCCGGGGCGGGGGCAGGAUGCGGGGGGGGACCCGGCACCGCCGCGGGCCGUGGGCGAGAGCCUGCGCUGCGGCAGCGUGCGACCGCCCGCGGCGGCACUGAGGCGGGCGGCGAGGAUGGUGACGGGCGGGAGAGGUCCCGGCACACAUCUCCCAGCGGCGGCGAAGCCUCCCUCUCCUCUCGUUUCCCCAACGUCCCUUCCGCACGGCCGCCCGCCCCGCGGGGCUGAGGCGCUCGGGAGCAUGAGGCGGCGGCGGGGACCUGUUGUGUAGGGGAGGCGGGGGUUAAGCGCGGCGGCGCGGAGCGUGAGGCGGGGGAGCGGUUCGGCGGGGAGGGGGGCAGAGGAUGAGAACCUGCUCUGCGGGCGCUGGUGUCUGUCGGGGACCGGCUCUGCCCCGCGCUGCGUCGGGCUCGGGAGAGUCCCCUGCGGCGGAGCCGUGACAGGGAGGAGGGCCCGCGGCGGGGAGACCCGCGACCCCGGCUCUGCGCCGAGCGGCGGCCGCUUCCCGCUGAACUAACUGCGGCUUCAGGAAGAAGAGCGCUUGAAGUGUUUCUUGGAAGCUGGAGUUGCAGCCUGGUUCCUUCCUUGCCCCCCACACUCUCCCCUUUUUUUUCAUUUUUUUCCUUUUUUUCCUCCUCCUUGCUGAUCUGUUAAGCGUGUCUCUUGAGGGAACGUCUUAGGAAUGGUCAUUUUUAGCAGUGAAAUCUGCUGCGCGAAGGAGGAUUAUAACAAAUCUGUAUGAAUGAUAGACUCGAUUGGUAAACCUUGCCUUGACCAACCUUCUGACCCUCGGAGAGCGCUCUCAGGGUGUGCGUGGGAAGGAAAAAACAAUCUUCCCAUUUGAAAAUAAACUUGAAAAAAAAGACUAAUUUUUUUUGGACAGACUAACUGCUUUAUAAUUCUUUUUUUUUUUUUUUCCCCCUUUUCCUUGUUUUGUGAUAAGUUGUUUGAAAGAGGAUUGUCUUACAUGGUGGUUUUGUAACUGGUGGAGGAAGCUGAAGGAAGGAUCCCUCUCAAGCGUUUCUGAUAUGACAGCUUUGGUUUCUAAAGAGUUAAGUGGUGUUUGCAUGAUACACCUAUUGCUAGCCUGGUAGAGACUUUUUUUUCAUGUUUUUAUUUGCUUUUUUCAUGUUUUUAUUUGCUUUUUUUAAUUAACUGGGGCUGGUGGAGAGGGCUGUCUUGGUCGGAAGACUAUUUGCACACGUUUAUAUAUUGUAUAUAUUUUUGGUGGGGUUCUCCCCACAUUUUACUCUCUCUUGAUGACUCCUGGAGGUGGUAGUGGGCCCAUGAAAGACUGUGAAUACAGUCAGAUCAGCACACACAGUUCGUCGUCUCCCAUGGAGUCUCCCCAUAAGAAAAAGAAAUCGGCUCCCAGAAGAAAAUGGGAGGUUUUUCCUGGAAGAAACAAAUUCUUCUGCAAUGGGAGGAUCAUGAUGGCUCGACAGACUGGAGUCUUCUACCUGACUCUUGUUCUCAUCUUGGUCACCAGUGGACUCUUCUUUGCAUUUGACUGCCCGUAUUUAUCAGAGAAGAUUACACCUGCUAUACCUGCAAUUGGUGGGAUUCUUUUCUUUUUCGUGAUGGGGACCCUGCUGCGCACUAGUUUCAGUGAUCCUGGUGUCCUCCCACGUGCAACACCAGAUGAAGCAGCAGAUCUAGAGAGACAAAUAGAUAUUGCAAAUGGCUCCAGUUCAGGAGGAUACCGCCCCCCUCCCAGAACAAAAGAAGUGAUCAUCAAUGGACAGACAGUGAAAUUAAAAUACUGUUUUACUUGCAAGAUUUUCCGUCCACCUCGUGCCUCACAUUGCAGCCUUUGCGAUAACUGCGUAGAACGGUUUGAUCACCACUGUCCCUGGGUAGGCAACUGUGUGGGGAAAAGAAACUACAGAUUUUUUUAUAUGUUUAUUUUAUCUCUGUCCUUUCUGACAGUCUUUAUAUUUGCAUUCGUUAUCACCCACGUCAUCCUUCGUUCUCAACAAACAGGGUUCCUCAAUGCCUUGAAGGACAGUCCUGCAAGUGUGCUGGAAGCUGUGGUGUGUUUUUUCUCGGUAUGGUCCAUUGUUGGCCUCUCAGGUUUUCAUACGUAUUUGAUCAGCUCCAAUCAAACAACAAAUGAAGAUAUUAAAGGAUCAUGGUCAAAUAAAAGAGGUAAAGAAAACUAUAAUCCGUAUAGUUACGGCAACAUCUUUACAAAUUGCUGUGCUGCACUCUGUGGGCCCCUCUCUCCAAGCUUAAUUGACAGAAGAGGAUUUAUACAGCCAGAUACACCGCAAUUAGCAGGACCGUCAAAUGGCAUUACUAUGUAUGGGGCCACACAAUCUCAGAGCAACAUGUGUGAUCAAGAUCAGUGCAUUCAGAGCACUAAAUUCGUUUUGCAGGCCGCUGCCACACCUCUGCUACAGAGUGAGCCAAGCAUAACUAGUGAAGAGCUUCCUUUACCAGGAAAGACUUCUAUCAGUGGGCCUUGUGCAACUCUAACUCUAGGGCAACCAACACCACCAUCUUCUAUGCCAAAUCUCACGUCAGAUACAGGUUUGACAGACAUGAUACCAUUAAAAGAGGAACAUGAAGGUCAUCAGUUUCUCACUCCUGAAGAAGCUCCAUCACCCCCUGGGAUGCUGCCGAGUGGAAGUCCUAUUACACACAGCCAUACAAUGCACGUCCUGAGUCUAGCCAGCCAGGAUUCAUUGCAUGAAGACUCAGUACGUGGUCUCGUGAAGCUUAGCUCAGUUUGAACAGCUUUUUUGAAUAUUGCACCAUUUCUUGGUGGCUAUAUAAACAUCUACUUAACAGGAAUGACGCUGCAGUACCACUGUAAGACUUCAUAACAUGCCUACAAUGGAAACUUUAUUGCCUAAUGGAAUCUACUAAAAAGACAAGUUAUUUUCUCAGUGGAGCUAUGGCUUUUUUUUUUUUUUUUUAAUCAGGUGGUUAAUGGUUGUGCUGUGACGGUGACUGCAUUUUAUUUUUAAACAAAACCAGAAGUGGUCAAUAAUCUUGUUUCCUGAAGCUUGGGUACAGCAAGUUGGAAGUCAGCCUGUAACAAACACCAUAUACAGUAUAAAAGAGAGGGAUUCUUGGAUGUAAGUGUCAUGCUCUGUGUUCUAUGCUCUUGUAAUACACACUUGUUAAGGCUUACCACACUUGUGGCCAGAAUGAUCUGCACUUACAUGUUAUGCUACUAAUAUUUGAGAUAGAAAAUUACCAUUCCAUUUGUUAAUAAAAAAGAAAAAAAAAAAAAGACUGCAGAUAUGGAUUUGCAUGCCACGCUACAGUAUGUGUUACAGUGGUGUUGGUAUUAAGAGAAAGUGCUGCUUUUUUAUUUGUGACUUUCAAAGUGCUGUUUCACUUAAAGACAGUGCAACAAAGGAAUUAAUGGACUACAUGAUUUAUUUUUUUUUUUUCAGUUUAUUAAAGUUUAUUUUAAAUUAAUCAGUGGUGCCUAGAAGAUGGAGAAUUACUGAUUUGAUCAUGUUACAUAUCAUUUAACCUUCUGUUUAAGUGUUUAGAGUGAGGUAUUGUGUUGUGCCAUACCACGAGAUUCUUCCACUCCCUAAUGUGAUACGAUUACCUGUGGACCUCCAAUAAAAUGACAUCCUCUAUUUCUUGGA